GAGCGAGCCCAGCAUUUAAAGCGUCCUCCUAGCCACUGGCCACCAGCAUGACUGAGGCUUCGGCAGAGAGGAAACAGCACAGACUGUCUCCCAGGAAGCUCGGCCUUGGCUAAAUCCCAGACAGUCCAUUUAAAAGAAGUGGAAGGAAGAUGAACCUUUGGGCUCCUGAAAGGAUUGUUCUGACUGAGACUGGCCAUAAAAAUGCGAUUGGCUGUUCCCCGGCAGGGCCAAAGUGCAUCCAGAAUAGAAUGUCUUCUCCUCCGCCUCGUGCAUUUAGUAUUUUGGCUCAGAGGAGGUGACCAGCACGCUGUACUUCCCUGAGGAAAGAUGGAGUCUCAGGAGAAGUCCAAGAAGGAAGGGUCGCUGACCCUUGUGCUGGCCUUGGCCACGCUGAUCGCAGCCUUUGGGUCCUCCUUCCAGUACGGAUACAACGUGGCUGUUAUCAACUCCCCUUUUGAGAUCAUGAAGCAGUUUUACAACGUCACCUACACAGAGCGAACUGGUGAAUCCAUGAGCACUUUCUCCCUGACUUUGCUGUGGGCGGUCUCUGUGUCCAUGUUCCCGUUCGGAGGCUUUAUUGGAUCCCUCCUGGUCGGUCCCUUGGUGUCUAGAUUCGGCAGAAAAGGUACCCUGCUGUUCAACAACAUCUUUUCCAUCGUGCCCGCGAUCCUCAUGGUCUGCAGCAAAGUCGCCGGGUCGUUUGAGAUGAUCAUUUUGUCCAGACUUCUGGUGGGAAUAUGUGCAGGUCUGUCUUCCAACGUGGUCCCUAUGUACUUAGGGGAGCUAGCCCCCAAGAACCUGAGGGGGGCCCUCGGGGUGGUGCCCCAGGUCUUCAUCACCGUGGGCAUUCUCGUGGCCCAGAUCUUCGGGCUCCGGAGUCUCCUUGCAACUGAAGAAGACACCCUGACCAGGCAUGUGCUGUCAGCGUAUCUGCAGAGCCGUGGAGCCCGGGCCACAGGGAGAUCGGAGGAUGAAUGUGUCCCAGGCUUCGUGAGGCACAAACCCAGGAGGCCAGGCCCACAUCUCACCCCUGCACACAUUCAUGACGCUUACGUUGUGUGUGUGUGUGUGUGUGAAACACACACAGCAAGCCCCACUCCCCUUCCCGAGGAGCUGGAGGAGAUCCAGCUGGAGGACCAGGCGGAGCGCGCCGCGGGCACCGUCUCCGUGCUGAAGCUGUUCAGCAUGCGCUCCCUGCGGUGGCAGCUCCUCACCAUCAUCAUCCUCAUGGCCGGCCAGCAGCUGUCGGGCGUCAACGCGAUCUACUACUAUGCAGACGUGAUCUACUCCAAGGCCGGGGUCAAGGACACCGAUGUCCAGUAUGUGACGGCAGGCACAGGGGCUGUCAACGUGGUGAUGACCAUAUGCGCAGUGUUCGUGGUGGAGCUGCUGGGCAGGAGGCUUCUGAUCCUCCUCGGCUUCGCCAUCUGCUUCACGGCCUGCGUCGUGCUGACCAUCGCCCUCGUGCUGCAGGAGACAGUAACCUGGAUGCCGUACCUCAGCAUCGUCUGUGUCAUCGCCUAUGUCAUAGGGCACGCCAUCGGGCCCAGUCCCAUUCCUGCCCUGCUCAUCACCGAGGUCUUCCUGCAGUCCUCUCGGCCAUCUGCCUUCAUGGUUGGGGGCAGCGUGCACUGGCUCUCCAACUUCACCGUGGGCUUGGUCUUCCCCUUCAUUCAGGCUGGCCUGGGGCCUUACAGCUUCAUCAUUUUUGCAGUGGUAUGUCUUCUCACCACCAUUUACACCUUCUUUAUUGUUCCUGAGACGAAGGCCAAGACAUUUAUGGAGAUCAAUCAGAUUUUCUCCAAGAUGAACAAGAUGUCAGAGGUGCACCCUGAAAGGGAGGAACUGAAGGAUCUCCCACCUUCUACUUUGGAGCAGUAACUUGGGAGGGGGAGCCCAGCACAUGGGUCUGUGCAGGACUCCCCUCCUCCACUUUUCUGACAUCUGCUUGUCCAGAAAUAGGACAAGGGACGUGUGGAAUGCAGGCCUCAUCUCUGGCCUCCUGGCCCGGGUGGGGGUGCCCAAGGAGUUCUGUGCCGUCCUUAGCCCGGCCAUCUCUCUACAGCCCGUUCAUCGGCCAGCCUGAGUCACAAAGGACAGCUGCCCUCCACUCUGCUGCGGCAGUCAUUUCGUGGCUCCUGGUAACACCAAUUAUCAUUAUAAAAAUAAUCGAUAGAGUGAAGAGAUGGAAGGAAUCGACUCUUGCCAAAGAAACCUGCUCUUCUCCAGUUCCCUGGAUCUUCCAGAACCCCAGUCAUUUGUUCAACAUCCUUUGACAAAGUCUUCUCCAGGGAAAAAAACUUGCCUGGGAAAGUGAAAUGUCUACAAAGAUAUCUAGCAAACUGGAGCUACUGAGUCCCUGUGCAGACACUAAGUCAGAGAUCAUUUGUCCUAAAUUCUAUUGAUAGAAGAAUUUUAUUUUGGAAUUGCUUCAAUAAAACACAUCGGAUCACCUUGAAA